CCUGCCCCGCUACUUAGACGCAGCUGGCUUCUGGCUUGCUCACCAACGGUCAACUCACCUGUCACCACAACCUACCUUCUGUUCUCACCGCCGCAAACCUGAACUUAGUAACUCCCUCACACCUAAACAUUUCCUCGUAUCGUCCUUAAAUCCUCUCUCGCAUCCCCAGCUUAUCGAACCCGAGACCCCUCCAUCUUCCUUCAUAUCGUCCGUCCGUCCUCUCCACCAUCAUGCGAUCCAAGUUCAAGGACGAGCACCCUUUCGAGAAGCGCAAGGCUGAGGCCGAGCGGAUUCGCCAGAAGUACUCCGACCGCAUUCCGGUCAUCUGCGAGAAGGUCGAGAAGUCGGAUAUCGCCACCAUCGACAAGAAGAAGUACCUGGUCCCCGCCGACCUCACCGUCGGCCAGUUCGUCUACGUCAUCCGCAAGCGCAUCAAGCUGUCGCCGGAGAAGGCCAUCUUCAUCUUCGUCGAUGAGGUCCUGCCCCCGACCGCCGCGCUGAUGAGCAGCAUCUAUGAGGAGCACAAGGACGAGGACGGCUUCCUGUACAUCACGUACUCCGGCGAGAACACGUUCGGCGAGGCGUUGUGAGGGAUGACGAUCGACCGGCGAUGGAUUCCAACCUCGCCCAUCCGAAUAUUUGACCUGGCGUUGGGGAACCCAAGCCGCACUAUCACUCGUGAAGGCGUUCGGUCAAUCAUGUUUUGUUAUAUGCGAUCGCGGUCUCAUCCUUGAUGACUUGGACAAGUUGCUGAAAGAGCUGCAGAGCAGAGGAUAUGGAUCUAUCCUCCUGCGCAAGAACACAGAAGGCCGUUGAGUAGAGGCGAUGCGGAAUCGCUCGGCCAUGGGAUAGCUUACAAUCUUCAUCAUUACUGUAUUCGGUGCUUCUUAAG